AGGCGAGGACGAGCUAGCGUCGCGCCCGCAUCUUCCCGCACAGCCCGCGCCGCGCGCCCAGAGGAGCGGCAGCCACCGCGGAGUCUGCCGCGGCCUCUCGGCGCUCCUGCCGCUCCCGGCGCAGCCAUGGCCCUGGCCCUCUGGCCGCGCCUCAGCAGCGUCCUCUGGCUCGCCUGCCUCCUACCCUUGGCCCCGGCUGGGGUGGCCGCAGGGCUGUAUGAGCUCCGACUCACCACCGAUGGCCCUGCCACCACAGGGGCAGAGGUGACCAUCACAGCCAGCCUGGUAGCCAACGAAAAUGGCAGCCUGGUCCUGCCGUCCAACGCCCGCCUCUACCGCUUCCACUGGAUCCACACCCCACUGCUGCUCACGGGGAAGACAGAGGAGGCCUUCAGCUCCACCAUCCGCGUUGUGGGGAACGUGCCCGGGGACUUCCCCGUGUCCGUCUGGGUCACCGCUGCCGACUGCUGGACGUGCCAGCCUGUGGCGAGAAGCCUCCUCAUCCUCCCCAUCACAGAGCUCCUCGUGGGGAACCUCGUUGUCUCCCAGAACACCUCCCUGCCCUGGCCCAGCUCUUACCUCACCAAGACAGUCCUCAAAGUUUCCUUCCUCCUCCAUGACCCGAGCAACUUCUUCAAGACUGCCUCAUUUCUCUACAACUGGGACUUCGGAGAUGGCACCCAGAUGGUGACGGAAGACGCUGUGGUCUACUACAACUAUUCCAUCAUUGGAACCUUCACUGUGAAGCUCAAGGUGGUGGCAGAAUGGGAACAGGCAAUGCAGGGUGCUGGGAAGGGCAUCGUGCAGAAGACCGGAGACUUCUCUGCCACCCUGAAGCUGCAGGAAACCCUUCGAGGCAUCCAGGUCUUGGGGCCCACCCUAAUUCAGACCUUCCAAAAGAUGACAGUGACCUUGAACUUCCUGGGGAGCCCUCCCCUGACUGUGUGCUGGCGUCUCAAGCCUGAGUGCCUCCCGCUGGAGGAAGGCGAAUGCCACCCAGUGUCCGUGGCCAGCACAGCUUACAACCUGACCCACACCUUCAGGGAUCCCGGGGACUAUUGCUUCAGCAUCCGAGCAGAGAACGUCAUCAGCAAGACGCAUCAGUACCACAGGAUCCAGGUGUGGCCUUCCAGCAUCCAGCCGGCUGUCUUUGCUUUCCCAUGUGCCACACUUAUCACCAUGAUGCUGGCCUUCAUCAUGUACAUGACCUUGCGGAAUGCUGCUCAUCAGAAGGACAUGGUGGAGGUGGCUGAUUUUGACUUUUCCCCCAUGUCUGACAAGAACCCGGAGCCGCCCGCUGGAGUCAGGUGCUGCUGCCAGAUGUGCUGUGGGCCUUUCCUGCUGGAGACACCAUCGGAGUACCUGGAAGUCGUCCGCGAGAACCACGGGCUGCUGCCGCCCCUCUACAAAUCUAUCAAAACUUACACCGUGUGAGCAGCCCCCAGUCCCAUCUCAGCGCCAACUGACUGCCCACAGGGCACUUUGGACAGGGUGGUGUGUGCCACCAAGCAGAGGGGUUCAUGUGUGCAGGGCUGUCCACCCUGCUGGCCAUCCAUCCGUAAUUCCAGCUGCCGCCAUGAGCUCCCCUCCCUCAGCCCCACACCCCUGCCAUCAGCCAAUCUGUACAGUCCAGCCUCUGCUGUAGCCCCUCAGUCAGCCCCACCCCACCCCUGGCCUCUGAAGAGCCCCAAGCAGGUCCCCCCACACUCGAUGGGGUCCCUCCUCUCUCCCAGGCAUGCCUGGCUGCCCCUUGCCCAUUCUUCCCAUGUCGGCACUUCUGCCGUCGUCCGGAGUUUGGACUUCCCUCCCCCAAAUGGCCCUGCCCAGGUCAGAGAGCCAGGCAGAUGGUCACCAACAGUUAAGGCAACGUUACAGAAGGUCAUACGUACAGAGACAAGAGCAUGCGCAUGCGUGUGCACACACACACACACACACACACACACACACAAAUACACACAUAACACGUGUCACACAGGCAUCUCAGAUGAUUUCCUCUAUCAAUUAUGUUGUUUGCUGGGUCCUGAAUUCGAAUUAAAAUGACAUAUGACUUUUUCUGCUUAGCCCCCACAGCUCCAAGCCCUGACCCCCCCAUGUGCACUGUCCCUACAGCUCCCAGCUCCCAUUCUAAGAACACCCCGUUUCCUGCCUGCUUGCUGGGGGUCGGGUGCAGGCAGGGCUAACACUUGGUGGGUACAGAGUGCUUUCUAAAUAGCGCCUUUGUCCAUGGAGGAACCGGCCUCACAGCAAAGGAGGAGCAAGCCGGUGGGGACGUGGGUUCACCGUGGGAGAUGGUGGUCUUGAGGAGGAGGCAGGACCGGAGGGCGCCCAGGGUGAUGGGGGCAGUGGCCCCUGGGAGGCCAGGCACAGGUGCAGUGAGGCCCCAGCACAGCCAUGUGGGAGUAAGUGAACCCCGGCAGGGGGAGGGGCAGGGCCAUGGGGGCAAAGCUCUGUUGCUGUAGUCUUCGCUGUCAGACUUUGUGCCCACAACAGCAUUCCUGCUGUCUCCAGCUCAUUCUCAUGAAAUACUGCCAUUUUUGCUGAAUAAAGCUUGUGUGUUCUCAAAUAGCCACAAAUAUGUCAGGCA